UCUUGAUCAGUAGUACACUCGCUGCUGGUGCACCAAGCCGGAGUGCAAAGCUGAUAUUCGUGUUCUUCAUUUCACAGACAAUUUUCUCAUUUGUUUGCCCUUUUUUUCUACCUGCUCUCUGUCUCUUUGUUUCUGUUUUCUUACUAAUCCUCUCAACUCCUCGCGAGCGACUUACAAAGUUUUGAAUGUUCAAGUGAUACGAAUGUUUAUUUCGGAAAAGCUUAUAUAGUGAGAGUGUCGCGAUUAGGAGCUAGGAAUUUGGACGUUUGAUAGAAAGAGGAGGCAAAAAAUUGAUCUCCUGACACAAGUAUAUCGAGUUCAUUGUUUCUUUCGAACGUAGACGUCACUACAGGUGCAACAAUCGUUGAUUUUCCUUGGGAGACACUCGCAUUCGGAAUAAGGAAUACUGAAAAAUAAGAAUUUCCUUGAUUUAUGUUACUUUUGUGACGAUACGUUCGGCUGGAUUCGUAUAUAUGUGUAAAUAUAUAUCGAGUUCUCACGCUCCCACGUGGCUCGACGUUCUCGGGAUACAGGAUUGCAACAAUCACCGUAAUUCCAACGAACGACCCCCCCCCCCCCCCCCCCCCCCACUGAGGAAAAAGUCUACGAAGUAAAUAAUGAAAUCGUGAUGUGCAUUACCAAUCGCGGUUGAUCGAGAGUGGAAUAUAUUUUUUGUCUUUUUACGCGGAAGGGAGAACGCUCGUAGGAGGGAGAGAAUAGUCGACAGAUGUCGCAGGUGGAAGAUUCGAAAGCAAAAAAAUUAAAUGUCAAAGAGCAUUCAGCGACGUCGGGCACGUUCGAUGAAAUUUUGCAAAAACCUAUGAAUCCGCAGAGCUCGUUAUCGGGUUUAUUGACUUGUCAAUUAUUCGUCAUCCUACGAAUUCUCUUAUUGGAACAAAGAACAACGAUGAGACGAGAUUUGCGUUAAAUAUAAGACUGAAUUCGACGAGAUUCUCCGGUUGCCAAGGGCGACGUGUUCUCUCAACGUCUCGAGCCAAUAACUCGUGCGAGGAUAGAACAGUGAAAAAAAUAAUUGAGGGGGGGGGGAGGGGGGCAAAAAAUACGAUGAUAACGUGAGAAUUGUUGAGAAUACGAGGGGAAAAAGAACAAUAACGAGCAGAGAAAAAUAGAAUUUUCCAACCGACUGUCAAGAUGAGGAGAGCCGCAGGAAAAUCAUUGCCUCGUGUCUCUAUCCUCCAUCCUCGUAACUCAUUAUGUACUCGAGGUGUAUUUUCGAAUCUCACGAGUCUAGUCACUCUGACUCGUGACGUACAUUGUUGACGGAGCUCCUCCCCCCUCCUCUUCGGCGCCAUAUUUGUAUAUACAUAAAUACGCGCACUGAAGGGGAAGAAAAAGCAUCGCCGAUUGUCUGUUUACACGUAAAUUAAUGAAGCAUUAUUUAAUCACGGGAAUUGUAUAUAAACAAAAGUUGAAGUGUGAAUCGCGGUUAAGGAUAGAAGCGAAUAUUUUCAUGAACAUAAAAGUACGGGGAGAAAAAUAAUCAACAUAUCGAAUAAUAAAUUCAUGGCUCGGUGAUUCGUUUAGAAAAAAAAAAAAAAAACAAAAAAACAAAAAGAAAUCGAAAAUGCCCUGUGACGCGACGACUACGUGCGGCAUCGAGAUCGUUGAUUCGUCGAUAGCGAUCGCGGACGGAGCGCCGCGUCCCGAAUCCGAGAGAAUCAAUGCUCGUAAAAAAAGGCGCAAUUUGCAUUCGGAGAUAGCAUCGAAACAGGGAAAUCGUUAUAAAAUGGCGUCUCGGCCGGUGGACGCGGCGAGAAAUCUGUCAGCUUCUUGUUCAUCGUCCUCUUCCUCCUCGAGUUCUACGUCCUCGUCUUGUUACGAUCGUCCUCGAAAAAAUGACUCGACUAAUUCGUCGUCGUCCCUGAUAUUGAUACUCGAGAGGCCGGAAGCUCGCGAAGAUUCGAGCAAGUAUGGGAAUAUCGUGGAGAAGCAGAAAACAACGUCGAGCAACGAAGACGAUGAGUUCGAAGAUUCAGAGAAAAACGACGGCCUCGCGAGGAUCGCAGGGCCCAGAGGUUUUUCCAGCAAAGUAACGAGCUCCUCGAUCGAAAAUUUGGCGAAGAAAAAAGCUGCGACGCCGACGACGAGGUGUCGAAGGAAAAGAAGCACAGCCAGUCCCAGGACGACUAAUCGCAACAGUUCGAUCGUAAUCGACGACAGAGCGACAUCGAAAUUUCGAAAUACGUCUUUCGAAUCGAAAACAUUGGCGCACCAAUCGCACGACGCCACAGGCUUCGUGGCGACGUCGACGUUGACGAAGAACAGCGACUGUGGCGCCCUCUUAGUCUCGAAAAACGCUUCGAGUUCGGCAGCGAAGUUGAGACUUCAAUCGUCCCGCGGGGAUUCGUCGAUGUCGAGAAACAUCGAUGAGAAAGAUCGAAAUUUCGAUAAGUCGAGACGAGAAAAUGGAGAUUCACACGGAACUCUGAAGGCACUGAAGUCGACGAUAUCCGUCGCGGCGAUUCGCGGUACUAACGUCCCGAUCGAAUCGCGUAAUAAAAACGAGGAUUUUUCACGGAGGGAAAGAAAUUUUACGUCGGUCGGACGCUGCGGUAACGCGUACGCGUCAGCGCCCUCUCUCAACGGCAACAAUCAUCACGAUAAUAAUAAAACACGUGACGCCCGUACGAAGCGUGACUUCUCGUCGCAUUCCACGAGCACGCGUUCCUCCGCAGUUUUACCAUUGGCCGUUGUUAGCACGCGUCCACUGUCCUCACCCUCGCAGCACACCGAGGCAUCGAUUACAUCGAAAAAGAAUAAAAAUGCACCGGAGCCUCUAAAGAUUCUUGAGACGCAGCAGCACCGGAGUACCGUUAAAUCCUCGCCCUCUUACGUUCUCUCAUCGAGUCGUGAUUUAUCGAGAGGUUUAACAACCGUUGGCUUCGCUAAUUCGUUGAAAUCAUCCUCGAGCUUUACAGCCCCAAAAGCGAUACGAAAAAACCGCGGCUCUCGCGUCGUAACGUCGUUGCACGCCUCCCUUGGACAGCUGCCACUAACAACUUCGUCGUGCGCCACUAGCGCCACCACGACGACCGUUGGCGAAACUGCGAGUCUCGAAAACUUGAAAGAUUUUUCAACGACGCCUCGUGAACACAACGAGGAAACAACUUUUGUACCGAUUACACUCUAUUCGACCAAUUCCUCCCCCGGGGAGACGAAAAACUCUUCGAUCCAAACGAAAAACAGCUUGGAACGAAUCUGCCACGCUGCCGGCGGUUCCAUCAGCUCUUCAUCCUCGAAAACUCCCCUGAGAAUCGUCGCUCUACCGGAAGUUGGAAAUUCACCGAAAAAUGUCGCCAAUGCCUUCAGAAACAACCUCCUCGCUUCUGGCUACAAUAAUAACAAUAUUAAUAACAACAAUAAUGCCAACGUUAGGUGCAAUCACUUACUCGGCACUUGCGCCUGUUCUGCUACAACGACAGCCUCCCAAACGUCGUCUACGCUCACGCGAACGUCUAACCUCGUAAACGGAAUCGCCACCUCCUCGUCUUGGACGAAUAACUCGGUCAAACAGGAAACUGAUUACGUCGUCGAUCCGGUGCAAGGCAACGCUUAUCACAAAGGACAAUUCCUUGGAAAGGGUGGAUUUGCAAGAGUUUAUCUGAUGACCGAUGUGGCCAACGGUAACCAAUACGCUUGUAAAAUCAUACCGAAGAAUCGUAUGCAGAAAAUUCACAUACAAAAGAUUGCUCGUGAGAUAAUGAUCCACAAAGAGCUAAAUCACGUAAACGUUGUUCAGAUGCAUCAUUACUUCGAGGACAAUAUAAACGUUUACAUGUUGCUGGAGCCUUGUCCCAGAAAGAGCCUCAUGCACGUGCUCAAGUAUCGUGGCAAAGUCACGGAACCGGAAGCUCGCUAUUACAUGAGGCAAAUGGUAACCGGUGUCGCUUACAUACACUCGCAAAAAGUUGUGCACCGUGAUCUCAAGCCGGGAAACAUGUUUCUGUCGGACGGGAUGAUUGUCAAGAUCGGCGACUUCGGCCUGGCAACAAGACCGGAUGGACAACGUCGACGAGUGACAAUAUGCGGCACACCAAAUUACAUAGCUCCGGAGGUGCUGUAUAAACAAGCCUUCAGUUACGAAGCGGACGUUUGGGCUCUGGGGUGCAUACUUUAUGCGUUGCUGGCAGGGCAACCGCCUUUCGACACGUCGACAUUGAAGGAGACUUAUGCUCGAAUUCGUAACAAUCGUUACAAGAAAUUGGACGACAGCGUAGUGAGUCGUAGCGGGCAAGAUUUGAUCCGUUGGUUAUUGCAGCCAAUACCGGAACUGCGACCGAGUCUUGAGAGGGUGAAGGAGCACGCUUAUCUGACGAUGGAAUACGUGCCGUCGAAGUUGUCGCACACGUGUUGCUACAGAAUUCCAAUUACGAAUUCUCUCAUGGCUGAGCAAAGUUCGACGAUGGGUCAGCAGCAAAUUGGCACUUCCGGAAACUCUGCAAUUUCGCGUGGCCUUCUUUCCAACGAGAAUGUCGAUCGUAAGUGCGAUCCACCAGCUGCGAAUUUGUCGACGAAAAAUCCACAUCAAACCGUCAACGUUACUGCCAGCCAAGCUAAUUUGGACCCCGGUAAAACUGUCGCCUCAACCAAAAAGCCCAAAGUUGGCAAUUGGCUUUUUAGAAAAUUACCCAAAUUGCCAAGAUUCCGACAACGAUUGACCAAAUUCCUCUGCCCUGAGCACAAAAAACCUGACAGUAUCAUGAUGCAUCGCGCUAUCGAAUCUUGCCUCGCCGAAAUUCGAUGCACACGCGCACAACACAAUCCUAUUCUCGUCGAUCGCAUUACUCCUUUGUUCGUCACCAAAUGGAUCGAUUAUUCCAACAAAUAUGGGCUGGGAUUUCAACUCUCUGAUCGCUCUGUUGGCGUACUCUUCAAUGAUAGCACCAAAAUGAGCUACACUCACGACAGAAGACGAGUGGAGUACGCAACGACCGAGGACGAGGUGACGCGGUAUCGGAACGAGAACGACGUGCCAUCGUCAAUGGAGGAAAAGCUCGAGUUACUGCGCCACUUCACGCAUUACAUGGAUAAUUUUUUAACGAAUGGCGGUGAGGUACGAGAGCAGAGAACAACGAAAUUCUCAAGGACUAAUUCGAGCAGUGUACCAAGAAUGAGACGUUGGUUAAGAACGGAUAAAGCGAUAGUGAUGGAGCUGACGGUGCCAUUGCUGCAAGUGAAUUUUUUCGUGGAUCAUUCGAAAAUUGUGGUUUCCGAAGGUACUCGGGGACGUGGUUAUUUAGUUACUUACAUAGACGCGAGUAGGCAAGCCUCGUCGUACUGGUUGAAUGAUUUGCGGGACAUCGGCUGCACGACUGAUCUUUACGAGCGUUUGAAUUACGUCUCGAAGGUCAUCGCCGAAUUGGAGAACGAUGCGAUUUUUGAUACCGGAACGAACUUGCUCCAAAAUCGCAAUAAAACUCUAAAAACAUGAGAACAUUAAUGAUUUUAAACGCUCUCGAAAAACGUCGAUCGAUAUUCUCGUCGACAUCAAAGUGUUCUUUCGCAAUACGUUCAAUAUCUGCCGUUAGCAUUUAAGGGCUUACGAAAUGUAGAAAAAAAAAAUGGUUCAAUUGGUAGGGGCUAGUCCUUGAUAGAAAUGAAACUUGGCACGACCUAGUGAAAAACGUACUGAAGUCCGUUCGAAUUGGAACUUGGGCUCGUUUGUUCAACUUAUUGAGAUUGAAAAUAAUUAAAUGUUUGCAGCCUCGAGCGCACUGAAAUUGUUCUUGUUUCGUUUAGACACUUUUCAAUUAGUCGCAGUUACUUAUUCGUCGAAAUUUUAAAAUAUUUAUUAUUCGGUAGCUAAACGGAGGGUACUCGGUGUCAAAUUUUCAUGAUAUCUCGUAGAAAAAAAUUAUUCUAGUAUACACACAUAUUUACAUAUAUAUUUGAAAAUAUACAUAUAUUUUUCAUAAUCUGAGCAAACGAAAAUUGACGUUACGAACUCGAUGUAGGAAAGCGAGUAUGAGUCAGUUAUAUAGUGAACUAAAUGCAUUUAGAAAAUCGCAGUAUGUCUGCUGCAGGUACUUAUCGAAGUAACGAUCUGAAAAAUCGAAUAUUUCCUUUUGGCUGUUCGUAAAAUCUGUGAAUUCAUAGUACCCAUUUCGAAACCGACACGAUAAAAAAAAGUAGAAAAAGAAGAAACUCAUUAUGAAGAUAGAAAAAAUGCUAUUCGAAGGGGAAAAUUCUCGCAUCUUCAGAUAUUCUUUGAAAUUUUUCUUGAAACAUGUGUCGAAACACGUGCUGCCAGUUGAUAGAAAAUCGAGUAAUUAUAAAAAUUUUGAAGGGGAUGGAAAUAAAGUCGAUUUUCUUAUCGUUUCUGCGAAACGACGAUCUCAUCUCGAAGCAAUUGUGAUUGCAUGAACGGAUUAUUUGUACGAGUAGCACAAGCGCGAAAGAGCCGGAUAUUGAAUCGUGACGGUAGAAGUAUAAUUUAAUUGAAUAUAGCAUUUGUAUCCUCGGUGAUCCUAGUCAGGCUAUGAAAGCUUUAUCUUUUAAGGAAUAUUGAGAGUGAAAAAUAGUAAGCGGAACUAAAGAUCGUUCCACAGAGUCAGAACGAACACACGAGGAGCUUUUUUGCUAGUUAAUCAUUGUUGUACAAUUCGUAGCUUUGCGUUGUCCACGAUGGGACGUUAAAUAAAUAUAUAAAUAUAUGCGUAAGGCGCAGCAGAGCGACAAUAGAAGAAUUUUCCAUUGAUGAGAGAGAAAAAACAAACGACACUCGAUUCAAUAUUUUCUCCUGUAUAUUAUUGUCGCACGUUGAAUAAUUAUUGUCGUAUUAUUAUCGAUUGCUGAUACGUAUCGUCCUGAUUAUAAUUAUUACGGUAUAAUUGUAACGUUAUUCAAAUAUAUUUCAAUAGCUUCAAUAGCUAGCUAAUAAACAAAUGAAAAGUGUUGUGUUAAAACGAGCUAAACGCCCGCUAAAGUUUUUUUAGUUUAUUAUUAUAAUUAUUGUUAUAUUUACUAGGUUAUCACGAAUUAAUAGGUGAGGAAAGUGAGCUAAUUCUAUGAAGUCUUUGAGCUGUGCAGGGAAUAUUACGUUAUUUAUUUCAUUCGGAUUUCUUUGGUUUUUUUUUUUUUAAUUUUUACCAAGAUUUUGUCUCGUCGAGUGUGAUGAAAAACCAUGUGCCACCCACGAGUUGAUUGAAGCAAUAAAAUGUAUGCAAUUCAGAUCUCAGAA